UUUGGACGGUCGUGCGUUAUUACUGUUUUAUCCGCCUUUAGAGCGGGCUUUGUAUUAUAUUACUCCUACUUAUGGAUCGAGAGUGUGUCCAAGCCAAAUUUCAAAUCCACCUAUUUUCUGGAAUUUUAGUUUUUCAACAAUGCCUCCAUUAGUUCCAAACUCUGAACAGAUCCCCUCAGAACAACCUGGGGAUUCCGAGACGGUCAGCGACAUUCCACGAGUGGCUAUCGUCGGAUCUGGUCUUGCAGGUUUAAGUGCCGCAUAUCUCCUUUCUGUCAAUGGCUACACAGUCGAUCUGUACGAAAAGAGUGGGCGGUUGGGUAUGGCUGCGGCCAAUGUCACCGUUCCAGGAGUUGAGGGCGAGGAGGAAGUGGUCAUGGAUGUUCCCAUGCGAUCGUUCUUCCCUGAACACUAUUCGCACCUAACCGCACUGUACAAAUAUCUGAAAAUACCUUAUCAUGCAUCAGAGAAUAGCAUGUCAUUCUCAACCUACGUGCCCAUAGCAAAGUCCUAUGCGGAACAAUCGGCGGCUUCCCUGGACACCGCACCCUAUUUUUCCUUUUCUUGCUUUAAGAUACCUUUCACAUCCGUUUCAAUUUCCUACCCGGACUUGCCUUCACCAUUGGCCUUUUUAAGCGCAUUGUUUCAAGCUAUCACAUCAGCGAUAUAUGCGUUGCGUGUGAUGUUUGGCUACGUAAAGCUUUUGGUGGUCGUCAAGUACCUGGCCGCAAGGGGCCAGCUGACACCCCAAGGACCAUUGAAAAAUGUCACAUUAGGACAAUUUUGGGAUUUGUAUGGAAUCGGCAUGGAGUUUGUUGAGGGGGCUUUUGAACCACUGUUCUGCGGUGUUUGUACGUGUUCAACAGAUGUAUUGAGAGGGUUCCCUGCUGUGGUCAUACUCGAAUACGUCGCGCGGGCUAUGCCAUUUGGCAAGAUGUCUUUUGUAUCCAUUGGGGUUCAAUCUGUUUGCGAGGCGCUUUCCAAACCCGUCAGAAGAGUGUUUUUAAACACAUCUGUUGAGUCCGUGCAUUCCAGCUGCGAUACAGUCGAUAAUCUUUCCGACCUGCUGGACUCGCCGCACCUAGUGGUGCAAACGUCAAGCGGAACACGGCGACUCUAUAACCAUGUGAUUUUUGCAACACAGGCGAAUCAGGCGGCAAAGAUUCUACAGGCGUCGAAAGACUUUAAGAAAGACCUUCCGGCGCAACGACAAGUGGAAGUCCUUGAAAAAUUUCUAUACGCAAAGAGUUUGGUGGUGUGCCAUACAGACGAAGCAUUGAUGCCGGCAGACAAGGAGGUUUGGCGGUGUCUGAAUUUCUUCACUACAAAAGAACAGUCUUUGAGCCGCAACGAAAUCGAUGGAUCAAAGUCAUCGGGGCCCACUACGCAAUCGGUUCUCCCGUACGAUGCAUAUGCUACAUCUUCCUGCACCCACUGGUUCAAUCGAUCCCAUCCGUCCCUCGCUCACCCCAAAGCCCCAAACUAUUACCAAACAACCAAUCCUCAUGCUCUCCCAUCACCUUCGCUCACGCUUUCGAAUACCUCCUUUGAGCGUGCUGUUGUGACAAUGUCCAGCUGGGCGGCGCUUGAGUCUUUGGACAGUGUUCAGGGAACUGGUGGAAGGUGGUUUGUAGGAAGCUAUGCUUGGGAUGGUAUACCCCUGUUAGAAGGAUGUGUUGCAAGUUCGGUGAAUGUGGUGAGUAGGAUUUCCAAGCGGGACGGAAAAACAAAUGAAAUUCGUGUGCCGUGGUCAAAUCUUGUCGGUGGCGAUAGUUCGGGGCAUAUGGACAUUCCAUGGGUGGUGGUGGUCUUUGGGCUCGCAGCUGCUGCCGCGGCCGCGAUGGUGACAUUAUCGUAGAAAUAGACGAUAUAUGAUGUAUAGAAAUUAUCUUAUCCCAAUGUAAGUGUGUCAGAAAUACAAAUGAUACAGUUUCGAUCGCAAAA